AUGGGCCAGAGGCAUAAUCGACGCCGUACUCGACCUCAUUCAUCUCAUCGAACAAAUACCAAUCAAGACACAUCGUUCUCAGCUUCACCUAUACUGAGCCAUUCCUCCAUUUGGAACUCGCCGUCUAGUUUGAUUGACUGCCCGUCACCAUCCAUCCGCCAUUCAACUAUAUGCAUUUCACGUGGAUCUCCAGCCCCGGUACCUGCCCCAACCUGGCAAUAUGGGUAUACAGCAUGGAAGAUCCGUGAAACUCCUUCGCGGCGGGAAAUUGGCGGAGUAGAAGCUGAGCAGUAUCGUCUUUUCGGUGGUGAACCCGGUGACGAUGUGAACCUUUGUCAUCGGAUGCUCGAAUACUUUGAUGGUCUCGAUUACAUCGACUCGUGA